AUGGCGCAGGAGAAAGUUGCGCUCGUCACUGGAGGCAACAAAGGCAUCGGCCUCUGUGUGUCGAAACAACUCUGUGAACGGCUACCGAAGGACAACUGGGUGGUCAUUCUCGGUACGCGUCAGGUUGCCAACGGAGAGCACGCGCUGGAGCAGCUGAAGGCGGACAACCUCCCCAUGCUGCCAGUCGUGCGUCAACUGGAUAUCACAGAUCCCGCGAGUUGCAAACAAAUGAAGGAUUUCAUUCAACAGAAAUAUGGAGGCCUUGACCUCCUCGUUAACAACUCAGGGUUUGCCUUCAAAAGAAACGCGACAGAGUCAAAGUACGAACAGGCGGAAUACACGAUUGGAGUGAACUACUUCGGGACCAAACAGAUUACAGAGACUCUUUUUCCCAUCAUGCGCGACGGCGCACGCGUCAUCUCCGUUGCCUCCAUGUGUGGCAAAAUGGGUUUGGAAAACAUGAGCGAGGAACACCGUCGGGAAGUUCUCUCUCCCGACCUCACGUUCGAGAAGUUGGAUGACAUAAUGAAGCGGUACAUUGAAGCAGCGAAGACAGACGACCUCGCCAAGCACGGCUGGCCUGAAAGCACCUACGAAAUGUCCAAGACUGGAGUGAUUGCGGCGACGCAACUGUGGGCGCAAGCAGCGGAUAAGAACGCCCUCACGCCACAAGGGACGAAAGGAAUGUUUGUCGCGUGCUGCUGUCCAGGCUGGUGCCGAACCGACAUGGCUGGAUACGAGCUGCCGCCGUUGAGCGCAGAUGACGGCGCCGACAGAGUCGUCGAUUUGUGCCUGGCCGAUGGAGAGAAGGAGCAAGGCCAGUUCUUGAUGGAGAAGCAUGUGGUGCCGUUGCACUUCCCGCAAACGUUUUCGCGGAAACCUCUCGCCGCCAAAGAGUGGCUUUCAACGCCAGCUUGA